UCCUUUUGUCUGAAAAUGGCGAUGAUAGGCUUACUUGAAGUCUUCGUCGCAUUCUUUUUUUGCCUUGCAUUCCAAUGUUUCUUCCUCCACAAAAAAUAUCAAGGCCAGCCUGUUCACAUGAACUGGCCUUUCCUCGGGAUGCUUCCAGGAAUGCUACCGUAUAUCCCUCGUAUCUACGAUUGGACCGUCGAGGUGCUUGAGGCCACCAAUCUAACUUUUCUUUUCAAAGGCCCAUGGUUCAGUGGAACGGACAUGCUAUUCACCGCAGAUCCAAAGAAUAUCCAUCACAUACUAAACUCAAACUUUGGGAACUACCCGAAAGGACCUGAGUUCAAGAAGAUCUUUGAUGUAUUGGGAGAUGGAAUCUUGACUGCUGAUUCGGAGUUGUGGGAGGAACUGAGGAAGUCAAAUAACACCAUCUUUCACCAUCAAGAUUUCAUGAAUCUCUCAGUAAGUAGCAAUACAAGUAAGUUAAAGGAAGGUCUUGUUCCUUUUCUUGAUAAUGCUGCACGUGAAAACCUUACCAUAGACUUACAAGAUGUAUUCAAGAGGUUCAUGUUUGAUACUUCUUCGAUUUUGAUGACUGGUUAUGAUCCGAUGUCACUAUCCAUCGACAUGCCGGAAGUUGAGUUCGGUGAAGCUGCGGAAACCGGUGAAGAAGCGAUCUACUAUAGACAUUUCAAACCGGUGGCCUUGUGGAGACUUCAAAACUGGAUUGGUAUUGGGCUUGAGAAGAAGAUGCGGACUUCUUUGGCGACUGUCAAUCGUAUGUUUGCGAAGAUCAUAUCCUCAAAACGAAAAGAGGAGAUAAGUCGCGGGAGAAAAGAGCCAUCAAUGGACGCCUUAACGUAUUAUAUGAACGUUGACACGACCAAAUAUAAGCUCUUGAAACCGAGUAAUGAUACGUUUAUAAGAGACGUUGUUUUUAGUCUACUGUUAGCAGGAAGGGACACCACAAGCGCAGCUCUCACUUGGUUCUUCUGGCUUCUCUGUGAGCAUCCUCAAGUUAUGACCAAGAUCCGACAUGAGAUCAACACAAAGUUUGAUCCUACAGAUCUAGAGAAGCUCGUGUAUCUACAUGCUGCAUUGUUCGAAGCAAUGAGACUCUACCCACCACUUCCCUUCAACCACAAGUCUCCUGCAAAGACAGAUGUGCUUCCAAGCGGGCACAAAGUUAAAGCAUACUCGAAGAUCGUGAUCUGUAUUUACGCAUUGGGGAGGAUGAGAUCAGUAUGGGGAGAUGACGCAUUGGAUUUCAAACCAGAAAGAUGGAUUACAGACAAUGGAGGGUUAAAACAUGAACCUUCGCACAAGUACAUGGCUUUUAACUCUGGUCCAAGACUUUGCUUGGGUAAACAUCUAGCUCUCUUGCAGAUGAAGAUAGUAGCUUUGGAGAUCAUAAAAAACUAUGAUUUUAAGGUCAUUGAUGGUCACAAGAUCGAAGCAGUCCCUUCUAUCGUUCUACGUAUCAAAGAUGGUCUUAAAGUCACAGUCACUAAGAAGAUAUGAUUCUUAUGCGUGGUUGGCGUUUGCGGCAACUAUUACUAUUCCGCGCAAAUAUCGUUUUCAAAGUAUUAAAUAAAUUGUAAAAUGUCAUGGGCACCAUUUGUAUUUCCCUAAUUUAUGUGUGUUAAUAAUUGUAUUGCUAAAUGAUUUU